AUGACAUUAUCUUUUCAGUCCCAGAAAUACUGGAUCGAAGGAGUGUUUGAUAAGAGAGAAUGUAAUAAAAUCAUACCCAUCUCAAAGAACCCUCACAGAUGUACUACAGGAUGUCAGGUCUGUCAGAAUUUAAUCAGGUGUUGCUGUGGGCGACUGAUUGGAGACCAUCCUGGGGUAGAUUAUGCCUGGAACAUCUCAGCUGCCAAUGCUAAUAGGAAUGAGCAAUGGUCUGUUGAAACUCACACAAGGAAAAGCCCAACAGAUACCUUUGGUACUAUUAAUUUUCAAGAUGGAGAACAUAUCUACCACUCUAAGUAUAUUAGAACUUCUUAUGAUACAAAGUUGGAUCAUCUGUUACAUUUGAUGUUGAAGGAGUGGAAGAUGGAACUGCCAAAGCUGGUGAUCUCUGUCCAUGGAGGCAUCCAGAAUUUUAAGAUGCUCUCCAGACUUAAAAAGAUUUUUAGCCAAGGUUUGGUCAAAGCUGCAGAGACAACAGGUGCAUGGAUAAUAACUGAAGGCAUCAAUACUGGAGUGUCCAAACAUGUUGGGGAUGCCCUGAAAGCCCAUUCCUCCCAGUCCCUGAGAAAAAUCUGGACAGUUGGAAUCCCUCCUUGGGGUGUCAUUGAGAACCAGAGAGAUCUUAUUGGAAAAGAUGUGGUGUGCCUGUAUCAAACUUUUGGCAACCCUCUCAGCAAGCUGACCACACUCAAUAGCAUGCACUCCCACUUCAUCCUGUCUGAUGAUGGGACAGUGGGCAAGUAUGGAAAUGAGAUGAAACUCAGGCGGAAUCUGGAGAAGUACCUCUCUUUGCAGAAGAUUCAUAGCCGCUCAAGACAAGGUGUGCCUGUGGUGGGGCUGGUGGUAGAAGGAGGCCCCAAUGUCAUUCUCUCUGUGUUGGAGAUUGUGAAGGACAAAGAUCCUGUGGUGGUGUGUGAAGGCACUGGCAGGGCAGCUGACCUCCUGGCCUUCACCCACAAGCAAUUAGCAGAUGAAGGAGCUCUGCGUUCUCAGGUCAAAGAGGAAAUCAUCUGCAUGAUUCAAAACACUUUCAACUUUAGUCUUAAACAGUCCAAACACCUAUUUCAAAUUCUAAUGGCGUGCAUGGAGCAUAGAGAUUCUAUUACUAUAUUUGAUGCUGAUUCUGAGGAGUCACAAGACCUUGAUUUGGCAAUCCUGACGGCUCUCCUAAAGGGCACCAAUCUAACAGCAUCAGAACAAUUAAAUCUAGCAAUGGCUUGGGACAGAAUGGACAUUGCCAAAAAACAUAUCUUAAUUUAUGGGCAACAUUGGAAGCCUGGUGCCCUGGAACAAGCUAUGCUAGAUGCAUUAGUGAUGGAUCGAGUGAAUUUUGUGAAACUCUUAAUAGAAUAUGGAGUGAACCUUCAUCGCUUUCUUACCAUCCCUCGAUUGGAAGAGCUCUAUAAUACAAAACAGGGACCUCCUAAUAUGCUCUUGCACCAUCUUGUUCGAGAUAUAAAACAGCAUACACUUCUUUCAGGCUAUAGAAUAACAUUAAUUGACAUUGGACUGGUAAUAGAAUACCUCAUUGGUGGAGCAUAUCGAAGCAGCUACACUAGAAAAAGUUUCAGAAUCCUCUACAACAACCUCUACAGAAAACACAAGAGCCUUUCUCAACACCCCCUUCAUUGGAGACGCUCCUCAGAGAAUAAAAGUGAGUCAGCAGAAAGCACGCUACACUCUCAGUUUAUAAGGACUGCCCAGCCUUACAAACUCAAGGAAAAGUCUGGAAUGCUUUAUAAAUCAAGGAAGAAGUCAAGAGAAGAGCACAAUAUUGCUGAUGACCCCGAGUCAGAUGGUUUUAUUUACCCUUAUAAUGACCUGUUGGUUUGGGCAGUGCUAAUGAAAAGACAGAAGAUGGCUAUGUUCUUCUGGCAGCAUGGAGAGGAGGCCACAGCUAAGGCGGUGAUAGCUUGUAUACUCUACAGAGCCAUGGCCCAUGAAGCUAAGGAGAGCAACAUGGUGGAUGAUGCCUCUGAAGAGUUGAAAAAUUACUCAAAGCAAUUUGGCCAGCUUGCUCUGGAUGUGUUGGAGAAGGCCUUCAAGCAGAAUGAGAGAAUGGCCAUGAAGUUACUGACUUAUGAACUCAAGAACUGGAGUAAUUCUACCUGCUUGAAACUGGCAGUGUCAGGAGGAUUGAGGCCCUUUGUUUCACAUACUUGCACGCAGAUGCUGCUGACAGACAUGUGGAUGGGCUGCCUAAAAAUGAGGAAAAACUCUUGGUUAAAGAUCAUCAUAAGCAUUCUUCUACCACCUACCAUUUUGACAUUGGAAUUCAAAAGCAAAGCGGAGAUGUCACAUGUCCCUCAGUCCCAGGACUUCCAGUUUAUGUGGUAUUACGGUGACCAGAAUCCUAGCAGUGUCAAAGAAAAUGCUUGUACGAAAGAGUGGGAUUUGGAAAGGGGACCUGAUGAGAAACUAGAUGAAAAUCAGCAAUGUGAUAUAAAAAAUGGGCUCAAAAGGCUUCCAUGGACCAGAAAAGUCUAUGAGUUCUACAAUGCUCCAAUUGUCAAGUUUUGGUUUUAUACGAUGGCAUAUUUGGCAUUCCUCAUGUUGUUCACUUACACUGUGUUGGUCGAGAUGCAGCCCCAGCCCAGCAUGCAAGAAUGGCUUGUUAUUAUUUACAUCUUCACCAACGCCAUUGAGAAAGUCAGGGAGGUUUGUAUCUCAGAACCAGGAAAAUUUACUCAAAAGGUGAAAAUAUGGAUUAGUGAAUAUUGGAACCUAAUGGAAACCUUGGCAAUUGGCCUGUUUUCAGUUGGUUUUGGCCUUCGGUGGGGCGACCCACCUUUCCACACAGCAGGAAGACUGAUCUAUUGCAUAGAUAUUAUAUUCUGGUUUUCACGCCUUCUGGACUUCUUUGCUGUCAAUCAGCAUGCAGGCCCAUAUGUGACCAUGAUUGCAAAAAUGACAGCAAACAUGUUCUAUAUCGUGAUCAUCAUGGCCAUCGUCUUGCUGAGCUUUGGUGUGGCACGCAAAGCUAUCCUUUCACCCGAGGAGCCUCCGUCUUGGAACCUGGCUCGAGAUAUUGUAUUUGAGCCAUACUGGAUGAUGUAUGGGGAGGUCUAUGCUUCAGAUAUAGAUGUUUGUUCAGAGGGCCGACCUUGUCCUCCCGGUUCUUUUCUUACUCCGUUUCUCCAAGCUGUCUACCUCUUCGUGCAAUAUAUCAUCAUGGUGAAUCUGCUGAUCGCUUUCUUCAAUAAUGUUUAUGUAGAGAUGAAAUCCAUUUCAAACAAACUUUGGAAAUACAAUCGCUAUCGUUACACUAUGACCUAUCAUGAGAAACCUUGGCUACCACCACCUUUUAUCCUCUUGAGCCAUGCUGGUCUCCUCCUUCGCCGACUUUGCCAUCAUCGAGUUCCAAAUGACCAAGAAGAGGGAGAUGUUGGAUUAAAACUGUACCUGAGUAAAGAGGAUCUAAAAAAACUUCAUGAUUUUGAAGAACAGUGUGUGGAAAAAUACUUCCAUGAGAAGAUGGAAGGUGUGAAUUGCAGUUAUGAGGAGCAAAUCCGAGUGACAUCAGAAAGGGUUACAGAGAUGUACUUUCAAAUGAAGGAAAUGAAUGAAAAGGUAUCUUUUAUAAAGGACUCCUUAGUGUCUUUGGACAGCCAAGUGGGACAUCUUCAGGAUCUCUCUGCCUUGACAGUGGAUACUCUAAAAGUCCUGUCUGCUGUUGACACCUUACAAGAGGAUGAAGUUCUCCUAGCCAAGAGAAAACAUUCCACUAGCAGAAAACUUCCCCACAGCUGGAGCAAUGUCCUCUGUGCAGAAGUUCUAGGCAGCAUGAGUUUCUCUGGAGAGAAGAAAUAUCAGUAUUAUAGCAUGCCUCCUUCUUUGCUUCGAAGCCUGGUCAGAAGUCAACAUCCCACAAGAACACAUAACGGACCCUUUCUUGAGAUUACAGACAGUCAGAGAAAGACUUCAAGUACAAAAGAUCACCUGAAAAGGCAAGAAAAAGGAAACAAUGGAGCUGAUUCUGGAGUGUCUCUUAAUAGACAAAGACAUCCAAAGUAUGGCCAGUUUCUCCUGGUCCCUUCUUAUUUAAAGAAAACUGCUUUUUCUGAAGAAACAGACUUGUCUCUGUCCAGACUAUUUGUGGAAGCUGGUUCACAUGAGCCAGCAGUUGAGCAGGUUACUCAGAGUGAGGUUCCUGUUCAUGUGAGUUGGCAGACACCCAUUGUAUCAGCAGAGAACUCAGUCAUUGAACUAAAGGAGAAGGACGGACCAGUCACUCAGAUAUCACCAGUGUGUCAGGAUACCAAUGAACAAAUUCUGCCAGCUUUGAGUAGCAUACCUGCACCCAUGAAGGUGACCUCCCUCCCUUCCCAAGUCAAGAGCAUGCAGUUUGGAGGUGGCUAUGUGAAUUGGGCAUUUUCAGAAGAUGAUGAAACAGGUGUGUUUAACCUCACUAAAAAAUGGCGAACCUGCUUGGCCUCUUCUCAUAGCAGUGACUUUAAUCAGAAAGGACAAGGCCAGAAGCAGAUCUGGAGAAGAUCCUUAUCUGAUAACAACACAAGGGAAUUGGCCUGUUGUAGUGAUUUCUCAGAUGUGGACCCAGGGCUCCAUUCAAACACAUUCUUUUGGGUCAAUCCUCUCCACAGAAAGAGACCCUCAACUAGAAGCCAUAGUUUGAGAGUCCACAAGGAGGAGAAAUUGAAGAUCAGUAAAAUUAAAAAUCUUUUAAGAUCUUCAGAAAUGGGGCAGUCAGCUUGUGUCCAAGCAAAAGAAUCCACCAAGAAUAGGGGAUCAUUGAAGAAAAAGAAAAAAACACAUGAUCUACAAGUGCCAGUCAUAACAGUCAACAGCUGUUCUCAAAGUGACCAACUGAAUUCAGAGUCAGGAGAAAAACUCAUCUCAACAGAAGGAAUGUGUAAUAAGAACUGGCUAACAGUGUCCAAAUUUAGUCAGAUAAGUCUGGAACCUUAUAUUUAUCAGAAAGUUAAAACCAAAGACGUUGAACGGCAUGUGGUACAAGUCAGUGAUUAUCGAAAACAGCUUCAUGAGGAUGUGAGUACAAACUCGUGGAAUUCCUGGAGCACCAACCUCAACCUCAAUCGAAAUUCCCUGUUGAGAAGUUCGAAUGGCAUUAACAAAAUCUCUGCCUCCUUAAAAAGCCCUCAAGAGUCUCAACAUCAUUAUUCAGCCAUUGAAAGGAACAAUUUAAUGAGACUCUCUCAGACCAUACCAUUUACACCAAUCCAGUUUUUUGCAGGGGAAGAAGUGACUGUCUAUCGGCUGGAGGAGAGUUCUCCUUUGAAUCUUGACAAAAGCAUGUCUUCUUGGUCCCAGCAUGGGAGAGCUGCCAUGAUACAGGUGUUGUCCAGAGAGGAAAUGGAUGGUGGUCUUCGAAGAGCCAUGAGAGUCAUCAGCACUUGGUCGGAAGAGAAAAUUCUGAAGCCUGGGCAGGUUUUUAUUGUGAAGUCCUUUCUUCCAGAGGUUGUACAAACAUGGCAAAAUACCUUCCAGGAGAGUACUGUGCUUCAUCUUUGCCUCAGGGAAAUUCAACAACAGAGAGCUGCUCAAAAAUUGAUUUAUACCUUCAACCAAGUAAAACCACAAAACAUUCCCUACACACCAAGGUUCCUGGAAGUCUUCUUAAUCUACUGUCAUUCAGCUAAUCAGUGGCUGACCAUUGAGAAGUACAUGACCGGGGAGUUUAGAAAAUAUAACAACAACAACGGAGAUGAAAUUGUCCCCAGCAACAUCUUGGAGGAACUGAUGUUGGCUUUCUCUCAUUGGACCUAUGAAUAUACUCGAGGAGAGCUACUGGUUUUAGAUAUGCAAGGGGUUGGUGAAAAUUUGACGGAUCCAUCAGUUAUAAAACCUGAAGACAAAGAAUCAAGAGGAAUGGUGUUUGGACCAGCCAAUUUAGGGGAAGAUGCAAUUAGAAACUUCAUUACAAAGCAUCGUUGCAACUCUUGCUGCCGGAAACUCAAACUCCCUGAUUUAAAAAGAAAUGACUAUUCCCCUGGAAGAAUCAGUUCUACCCAGGGACUUGAAAUCAAAAUAGAAAAAACUGAGGGGGCUCCAACAAGAGAAAAUAACAGGAAUUCUCUAGAAGAACUCACGAGAUUGUGAAAAGGAGAAAGAUAAGACCACAGGCAA